UGUAUUAUAUCAUUAUUUUUGUUGCCGUAGUAUAUUGAGGGUAUUGGAAUGAGGUUGUUGAACUUUCGUGCAUUUACAGACAGUCGUUAACCUUUUGCACUUCCGUAACCUUUACCCACCCUCUGCCUGUUUUGGUCCGAAACUAAAAAAGAAUGGAAGUGGUGUAAAAAAAGCUUACUUACUACUUUGAAGAUGGCACAUAAUGCUUUGAGGAAACAUACACAUGAAUCAACCGCGAAAGAACUUGUUGAGCUGUGCCCAACCGUGCACCUCUGUGGCCAUGUUCUGAAUUGUUUGGAGGGGCCCCAGCAACAGACCACAAAGUAUCUAUAAGUCACGUCUGAAAGGGCUAACCAAGUGCCUCACGCUUAAAACUCUGGACUAAUGGUCAGCGAGCCAGCAACAUUCUUCAGUAGCUUGCACAUAUUGGCAGUGCGCAAUCCCCAAAAGAUGACCGAAUAAGGUACUACAAAGAAAUCGGAAGAAAGUUAAAGUGUGUCACAUUAAACUUGUUAACCGCACGCUUAACUGCAAAACUGAAAUGUCUAUGAGAAGGGUGCAGGAAGAAGGUAUAAGCUUGUAUAUACUAGCUACUGUCACCCAUUUUCUUCAUAUUCCUGUUUGCUGAAGUUUCACCACUUUCCACUGCACAGAUUCUCUCACCGUGCAUCGCCGUCGUGGCCGACCGUCAUUUGCAAGCAUUCACGGCAGAGAACGUCUCUGGAAAUGCCCCAUGUGCGACUACGCCACACCUUAUGCCUAUGCCAUAAAGAACCACCAAAGAACACACACGGGCGAGCGCCCGUACAAAUGUGACCAAUGUGACAAGGCCUUCAGGCACAAGCACCACCUCGUCGAGCAUGUCCGUGCCCACACCGGCGAGAAACCCUUCCAGUGCCCGAUUUGUCCCAUGAAGUUUGUGCGGAACGGCAGCCUCAAGGUCCAUAUUGCAUACUCACGGGAAGUAGGAAACUUCUUGACAGGUGGCGUUGCAAGUAAACUGCGACAGAACUGUUACUGCUCGGUCUGCUUUUGUGUCUUUCGAGCUUUCAGAAGUGAAAUCUUUAUUUUACUCUUCACAAAGUGUCGAGUGGACACACAGGUGAAAGCCACUGCUGCCCAGGCGUCGUGCACCUCCGAUAGUCAGCUUUGGGUUGCAUCGGCGGAGGGUCGAGAUGAUUUCGUCUUCCGAGUAAUCGGAAGGCAGGAGAACGGUUCCUCUGCAGGUAUCGACGGGAUCAGCGACAUGGGUGGCGACUUCAUGAGGGGUGCCGUUGAAGUUCAAGAGCCGUAUGCCAUGGUAGAGGUCGGCACGAUCCAGGUCUGGUGUGCUAAUCAGAACGAAUUGGUUUCCGUGCCACUCCACCAUGGCCAACCCGAUCCUCCGGGCCCUGACGGAGGCUUGCACCUGAAGCGCUGUCUUGUGAGCGGCUACACCACAUCUUUCAAGCAGCGCAUGCAGUGCCACCAAAGAAUUCACACGGGUGAGCGCCCUCACAAGCGCCGCUACUGCAGCAAGGCCUUCAAGCAGACGGCCCACCUGACCGAGCACGUCCACAUCCACACCGGCGAGAGACCUUUCCAGUGUCACCUUUGUCCCAUGAACUUCACUCGACAGAGCAAUCUUAUGCGCCACUUGAGGACACAUACAGAUGAACGGCCGUACAAGUGCAAUCAGUGCAACAAGGCCUUCAGGCAACUGGGCCACCUGAAUGACCAUGUUCGCAUCCACACCGGCGAGAGACCUUUCGAGUGCCACCUCUGUCCCAUGAACUUUAGCAGAAAGAACAGACUCGUGAACCACUUGGCAACUCACCGUAGCAAGACUAGUUGA